AUGGAUGAUGAGAUGGCCCCUUAUGAGGAGAUUGUAUCUAUAGAAGGAGAAGCACAGAUCAGGGAAUCUCAGACAGCUUCAGCAACCCAGAAGACCCAUCUCUGUAAGCACUGUGUCUCAGUGUUGAAAGAUAUAUUGCACCUGACUGAGUUACAAUCAGCAAACCCUGAACAUAAAGCAUUGUUCAGUGACACAUGUAUGAGAGGCUUCUGUUCCAGUGUUAACCUUCACCAGCAACAUAGGGAUGCCAGUAGAAAACAGCCCUGGAAAGAAGACAUGGACAGGGCCUCUGUUGUGAACAGGUGCUGCUUCUACUUAUUAGGGGAGUCUUUCACCAAUAGGGAUGUAGGUGAAGACGUCCCAGCCACCUCAGGGCUUCUCCAGCACCAGGCCAUGCAUAACAUUGAGAAGCCGCACACUGGCAAUGAGAUUUGCAAGGAAUGUUUCACAGGAAAAGGGCCUCACCAGUGGGGUGAAUGGGAGAAGCCAGCCUGCCACCACCAGAAAGUUAUUCAGUGUCAGGGUGUAUGCUCUGGAGAAGGACUUUGUGAGUGUAACAAAUGUGGGAAUGUUUUUAGGCAAAUCUUUAACCUCAUUCAACAUUGGAAAAUUCACACUGGAAAAAUGCCAUCUGAGUGUAGUGCUUAUGGCAAGUCCUUCAGCCAAAGCUCUGCCCUCAUUCAACACGAGAGAAAUCACACUGGAGAAAAGCGGUAUGAGUGCAGUGUUUGUGAGAAGUCCUUUUGUCAAAACUCUAGCCUCAUUCAACACCAGAGAGCUCACAUUCAUGCGGGAGAAAAGCCUUAUAGGUGUAAUGAUUGUGGGAAGUCCUUCAGUUCAAGGUCUACCCUUAUUAAACACCAGAGAGUUCACACUGGACAAAAGCCGUAUGAGUGUCUUGAUUGUGGGAAGUUCUUCCGUCAAUGGUCUACCUUCAUUAGACACCAGAGAGUUCACACUGGAGAAAGGCCAUAUGAGUGCAGUGUUUGUGAGAAGUCUUUCCGUCACAAUUCUAGCCUCGUUAAACACCAUAGAGUUCACACUGGAGAAAAGCCCUAUGAGUGCAAUGUUUGCAAGAAGUCCUUUCGUGUCAAUGCUAGCCUCAUUAUACACCAGAGAGUUCACACUGGAGAAAGGCCAUACGAGUGCAGUGUUUGUAAGAAGUCCUUCAGUCAAAAUUGUAACUUGAUUCGACACCAGAGAAUUCACACUGGAGAAAAGCCUUAUGCAUGUAGUGAUUGUGGGAAAUCAUUCACUCUGAGGUCUACGCUCAUUCAACACCAGAGAGUUCACACAGGAGAAAAGCCGUAUCAGUGUACUGAUUGUGGGAGGUUUUUCAGUGGAAAUUCUUCCCUCUUUAAACACCGGAGACUUCACUGUAGAGAAAAGCCCUAUGGUGUACUGAUUGAGGGAAAUUCUUCAGUCUAAGGUUUACCCUCACUGUACACAGAGAGUUCACCCUGCAUAAAAGCCCUGAGUGUACUGAUUUUGGGCAGUUCUUCGAUCAAAGCACUGUGCUCAUUAAACACCGGAGAGUUCACACUGGAGGAAAGCCGUAUGAGUGUAAUGAAUGUGGGAAAUGCUUUAGACAACAUUCUAAAGGAUUUAUUCAACACUGCGCAAUGCAUUCUGGAGGAAAGCCUUAUGAGUGUGGCAAAUGAGAAAUUUUUUAGUGAUAACUCUAGCCUCAUUUAACACCAAAGAAUUCAUACCGGAGAAAAGCUGUAUGAGUGUAUUGAUUGUGGGAAUUCCUUCAGGAAAAACUCUGCCCUCAUUCAUUAGCAGAGGGUUCACACUAGAGAAAUCUGUAUGAGAGUAGCGAUUGUGGGAAUGCCUUCCACUGAAGCUCUUUUCCUUAUUGGACAACAGAAGGUUCACACUGUUACCUAU